GCGUCAGAAAAUAGACAGAGUCUCAAUAACUGUCACACUUUUCAGCUUCGAACUGUCCAAAAAGGCAUUUAAGCCAAGUCGAAAACAUGCCCAUGUACGGUGACUUGGGUAACAAACUGGUCCAGCAUGCCAAGAGGACACAGAACCUGAGCCAUCUUCCACCUUAUCAGACCGAGCUUGUCCGUGCAGUGGCCCGAGAAAUCCGGGAUCUUGACAAAGACGUCGCCAGUUUACUUGAACCUUUCCAGGGGUCAUUUGAUCCUUCCGCCGAACAGGCCACCGCGUGCACGCUGCUGGUCAACCACCUUUCAAUGCGGAGGAACAAGCGCUGUCUGCUCGCCUAUCACCGAAUCCGAACAGACAAGCUCGAGGAGCUGGUGUGGAAUGGAGCCGAUAUCCUCGACCUUGCCGGCCAGACGACAGGAGGGCCCAAGGGCGUGACGGAGGGCAAUGAAGGGGGCGGGACCACCAGCAGUCUUAGUCCCCAGGAAGAGGAUUAUUUUCGACAGUUUGGAGAUUUGUUGGCCCUCUACAAAGGCCAAUGGACGGAUAUCGAUCUCACAGGCAGUCUCGAACCCCCACGAGACCUUUUUAUCGACGUCCGAGUGUUGAAGGAUGCGGGCGAGAUCCAAACCGAAUAUGGGGCGAUCAACCUGACAAAGAACAGUCAGUUCUAUGUCCGGCAAGGAGAUGUGGAGCGUCUGAUUGUGCAGGGAUAUUUGCAAAAGUUGGGUUGAACAAAAUCGACCUGGCAUCGAUGAUUUGAGGCCGGAGCUUGUUGCUGCAGACCAGCAAUGGAAAACUGCUAUCGGCAGCGGUUGCCGACAGGUUGACAGGCCCCUCGCUCUUUCCUGACCAUUGACGGCGUGGCGCCUUCCGAACAGUACCGGAGAGGGAGUGACGGACUCAAUGGCGUCGACCAGAAGCCAUGUGCAAUGGUUAUUGAUCAGCAGCUAGAUGUUGGAGGGAGCGCAAAGGACCGACUCAAAAGGGUUGCGCCGUACACACAGAGCUGACCAGUCCUUGUACUACGAUGACGGCCAAAGGUGACUUCAACCAAAUAUUUUGAGUCUAUGUGGGGCAAGG